GGCGGAGCGCGGGAGCGAGUCAUUUAUUGCAGAAGGCUCUUGAGGUGUUUAGGUGCUAGGCGGCCCUGAGGUGUACGAGCGAUCAUAAUGCAUUCCAACAAGAAGCCCCGAUCUGAUGCCGACAGACCUGCCAUUUCUAUCAAGAACUUUUUCAAUGAUAAAGGAUGUGAAAAUGCUCCAAGAAGGACUCUGAAGGUGAUUCAGCCCUCUGCCACUGGUCAGCUUGUAGGCCGUACCACAGAGACCAAAAAUUCAACAAAAAGAAAACUCUGGAAUGAUCAGAUCACUUCAAAGAAGGCGAAGGUGGAAGUCGCUGUUGAUCCAGAACAAAGGGAAAAUAAAGACUCUACAAAUGAAGCUUAUGAACUUAUGGUGCAAGAAAACCCUACUUACCAGUACUGGAAGGAGCUUGCAGAGGAAAGAAGAAAGGCCCUCUAUGAAGUACUACAGGAAAAUGAAAAGCUGCAUAAAGAAAUUGAGCUCAAAGAUGGAGAGAUCGAAAAGUUGAAGCAGGAAAAUGAUGAACUCAUGGAACUAGCAGGACAUGUGCAACACAUGGCUAACUUGAUAGAGAGGCUUACUGGAAGUGCACCUCAAAGUCUUGAGGACUUAAAGAACCUAGACUUGGAAGAAGCCAGAUAUGAAGAUGAGGCAGAAUUGGAGGAUCAGCAGUCAUUAUCUUCCAGUAUGGAACAUGAAGAUGCAUAAACUACAAAGGAUGUUUAUAAGUGGCCAUGGAUUGUCUUAGUGCAUAGACUGGCUGUAACUGCCACUACAUAUUCAGCCAGUUUAUUGGAACUUGUGGGAAACUUCAGGGCUAGGAGGAAAUGUCUGUGACGUAACUGCCACUUCGGACACAAGUAAUGGUUGCCCUUCCAGGAGGCCACUUUUCAGAACUGCAAAUACUAUGUAUUUCACAUGUAAAUAGUUUUUAAUCCACUGGCCUUGAUAAAAGGUGGUUGUAUAUUUAGUUUUUUAAUAAAUGAGUUCAAAAUGA